CCCACCAGAUGGUGCUGGAAGCCAAGUCAGAUCAGGACCGAAAGACUUGGUCAGCAGCGGCACACAAUCAGGCAAACAGUGCGGGUGGCACUGGAGCGGCGGCGGUUGACCACCAUUCCUGGGCCUUUGGCAGAAUGCCCUACGUGUUUGUCCGGGAAAAUGCCAUCAAGUAUUGGUGCACCGUCCAAGGCCUCAGUCACAACGAGGUUCGGGUUCUGGCCGAGAAGGUCCAAGAUCAGCCAGAGCAUCACGACGACCGCCAGAAGCGGGCCGAGUUCAGUUUGCCCACCUGGAUCAUUCUGAACGCCCUCGAGCUCAUGGGCUUCAAAGUGGUCACUUCCGGUCCUUACGUGACCGGCACCGCCAAACACGAUCAGCGCGAAUUUGUUUGGACGUUACACAAGGCUCACGACGAGUGGGAGUCCAGUUCAAAGUGAAUCAUGCCGACAAUAAUCAUAUAACAUAUAAUUAUCCGCCCCUGUUACUCCGUCACUCACUCGUUGGAGGAGGGCGCCCUCUGCUAGCUGCCAAUAUCAAUAGUACCAAUACUUCGUCAAGGGGUGGGGGUGAGGGGAAAUAUGGGCUAUAGGAGAACAAGCGUGUCAGUUGAUCUUGUAUUUUUUCCUCUGUAAAAGCAACAUGGAUUGUGGCCAUCUAGCUUUGCGUGAGAAUGACAUUCCGUCAUAAUAUUCGUUAAGGAUAAUCUCCAUUUCACAUGAUGACCCCUUUCAGAACACCACCCGGGGUAUAUCAGGGAGUCAGAAAGAGACAGACAGGCAGGAGCUGGGGGAAGAGGAGGAGGAGGAGGCGGAAAACGAGAAGGGGAAGAAGGAGGAAGAGGGGACCACCACCACCCCUGGCCUCAUUGGCAAGUUUAGUGUCCGUGGGUGAAAGUACGUAGUAGAUGACUGAUCUUUUCCCGAUCAAGAUCCAAGCACUCACUUGACGUUAUGAAGAAGGGGUCUCAUUGAGACCGGGAGGCAAAGGUGGGCAGGGAGAAGAGGGUUGGUGGGUUGGCUAUUUCUUGCCGGAUACCCUGAUUGAAAGUCAUUAGCUUACAACAAGAUGAAGGCGGUUCCAUUUGCUCGAGUAUCUCCUGCCAUUCAGGAGCUUGACCGAGCGAUUAAACUAAGAUGAUCGUCUUGAUCAUCUACACACUAGCUCCUCCUAUGUUCAUAAUGCAUCGGAACACGGUCCAGGAAAUGGAACAAAUGGCCAGAACAUCAGACAAGGAACAGGAAGGGGGAGGAUGAAGAGGAAGAGGAAGAGGAAGAAUAAUAAUAAGAAGAAGAAGCAGAUGGAGAGGAGUCAGAUUCACGCCUAAUAAUACGAGAAGUAGCCGCCAUAAUAGAAAUAAUACUAAUGCUAAUGUCAAUGCAAACAAGACCGAAAGGCCCUCCAGGCCCACCACAGACAGCCUGCCUCAGUCUCUCUCCUGAGCGGUCCCUCCGUUUCCCGCAUAAUAUUCAUAACUUGCUAUUGUUUACCGUGUACUCAACCACCGAAUAAGGUUCUUUUUUCUUCUGGGGAAGGCUGGGAUAUCCUAAACCCAAGAUUGCAUAAGUGGCCAAAACAAAAGAUUGACGACGUCAAAUGACAAAGAAGAUUACAGCCAAGCGCGAAUCCAAUGGUACUACAACAAUUUCUAGCCAAUUAUUGCUAAGCCAAUAACAAUUCAUGACUAGACUCUUCUAGUGGAAAGCAGAUGAACAAUUGCACUUGCCGGCGCAUCCAGACUCAAUAAAACAUACGUCUCAUGUUGGUUUGCCAAAAAAAUACAUUUGAGAAGGAUUCGAGGCGUCUUUGCAUUCUGUAGCCCAUGAACAAAUUUUAGUAUCAGUAAACAGACCUCGUAACAUGUGACAAGAAAAAAGAACGAGCAACGCUGAUAGCUGUAAUGCCGUCUUGCUCCCAUGUUGAAUAAAAGGCAACAGCAACAGCAGUAACAACAACUACAUCAAUGACGACGACGGAGGCGGUGAUCAUAAAAAGUGUAUAAAACUAUUUUCAACAAUAGAAAAACUGAAAUCAGCAAAAAAAGUUGACUAGGAAACAGAGAAUGCUAGAGGGGAGAAAGGCUGAGUUCACGACCUUGAGUGAUUGUGCUUCAAUUUGAAAUAUAUGACUAACUAUUAAACCCACCCAAUCCUCCAAAAUGAUGAUACAUGGAAUGUGAGUACUUGUAUGGUUGACAUGAACAA